AUGGCGAACGAGGGCGAACGGUCAACAAACGCCGACAAGGGCAAGGGCAAGGUUGAUGAUGUUCGCGAACUGAACGAGAAGAAGCCCCAGAAGGACGAAAAGGCGCCUGCUGAUGGAAAGAAGGAUGAAGAGCCUCAGGAAGGUAGUUUACUCCAGAGACCCCAAACCGCAUCUCGGGAGCACAUCAUGUGUGCUCCACGAAGCGCCAUGGAGGUUGGAUCGGGAACUAACAUCAUUGAAGAUGAACUCAGCGAAGAGGAUCAGCAGUUGAAGGAUGAGCUUGAGAUGCUUGUUGAACGGUUAAAGGAACCGGAUGCCUCCCUCUACGGACCGGCCUUGGACGCGAUCAAGAACUUCAUCAAGACUUCCACGUCUUCUAUGACCGCCGUGCCGAAGCCCCUCAAAUUCCUCCGACCGCAUUACGAUGAACUCACAGAGCUGUACGAGAAAUGGGCAGCAGGCCCUGUCAAGGACUCAUUGGCAGAUAUGCUAUCUGUCCUCGGUAUGACAUAUGGCGAUGAGGAGAAGCUGGAAACAUUGAAGUACCGCCUCUUGGCCAAGUCUGAGGACCUUGGUUCAUGGGGCCACGAAUAUAUUCGACACCUAGCGUUGGAGAUUGGACAAGAAUAUCAAAACCGGUUGAACGCGGAGAAGGAAACACAGGGUCUUGUGGAUCUUGCGCUCUCGCUGGUACCUUACUUCUUGGGUCAUAAUGCGGAGGCGGACGCUGUCGAUCUGAUGAGCGAACUCGAGAUUAUUGAAGAGAUCCCUCGUUUUGUGGACGAGAACACAUAUUCCCGUGUCUGCCUUUACAUGGUCAGCAUGGUUAACCUUCUCACCUACCCCGAGGAUCAACAGUUCCUUCGUACAGCCCACGAGAUCUACGUCCGCUACAACAAGCUCUCCCAAGCCAUUGUGCUUGCCAUUCGUCUCAACGACAUCGAACUGAUCAAGAGCGACAUCAACGCCACAGAUGACAAGGCUCUGAAGAAGCAAAUGGCUUUCCUCGUUUCCCGGCAGCAGAUCUGGCUCGACUUGCCGGCUGAUGAUGAGGAGGGUGAGGCUCUAGCAGAUUGCCUAAACAACACAUCCAUUCCUAAGCACUUCAAAUCACUUGGAAAGGAACUCAAUAUUCUGGACCCGAAGAUGCCGGAGGAUAUUUACAAGACACACCUCGAGAGCAGUCGUGGAGCAGGUCUAACCAACCUUGAUUCAGCACGACACAACCUGGCUAGCGCCUUUGUGAACUCCUUCACCAACGCCGGCUUCGGUAAUGAUAAGAUGAUGCUUGUUGAGGGUGAGAAGGGCCCGUGGGUGUGGAAGACUAAGGAUGACGGCAUGCUCUCGACAACUGCUUCUUUGGGUAUGCUGCUUCAUCGUGAUGUUGAGGAUGGCUUGGACAAAAUCGAUAAAUUCACAUAUGCCCAGGAGGACCAAGUAAAAGCCGGUGCCUUGCUCGCCAUUGGUAUUUUGAACUCCGGUGUUCGUCUUGAGUCCGACCCCGCCCUCGCUCUUUUGAGUGACCCCGACAAUCUGGAGGCCAAGAAUGUACCGAUGCGGGUCGCCUCCAUCAUGGGCCUCGGUCUUGCCUAUGCUGGGUCCAACAAGGAGGAGCUUCUUGAGAUUCUUCUUCCUAUCGUAGAAGAUGCCUCACUAGACAUGCAACUCUCUGCCAUGGCAGCAGUUUCUCUGGGUCUCAUCUUUGUCGGGUCAUCGAACCACCAGGUUAGUGAGGCGAUUGCUACCACAUUGAUGGAUGAGGAGCGUCAGAAGCAGCUGAAGGAUAAGUGGACUCGCUUCAUGGCUUUGGGUCUGGCGCUGCUUUACUUCGGUCGCCAGGAAGACGUUGAUGUAAUUCUCGAUAUCCUGAAGGCAGUCGAUCACCCCAUGGCCAAGCCCACAUCCGUCCUUGCCUCUGUUUGUGCUUGGGCGGGUACUGGUACCGUUCUCAAGUUGCAGGAGCUCCUCCAUAUUUGUAACGAUAUUAUCGAGGAGAAGGAGGAGAACAAGGGUGACGAGCUGGUUCAGUCCUAUGCCGUUUUGGGUCUGUCCCUCAUUGCCAUGGGUGAGGAUGUUGGCCAGGAUAUGAUCCUUCGCCAGUUCGGCCAUCUCAUGCACUAUGGAUCCAGCAACAUCCGUCGCGCGGUCCCUCUUGCCAUGGGUUUGGUUAGCCCAAGCAACCCCCAAAUGAAGGUUUACGACACUCUUUCCCGGUAUAGCCACGACAAUGACAAUGAUGUCGCCAUCAACGCUAUCUUUGCCAUGGGUCUCUGUGGUGCCGGAACAAACAACGCUCGUCUCGCACAGCUUCUGCGUCAAUUGGCCAGCUACUAUCACCGCGAUCAGAACUCUUUGUUUAUGGUGCGUAUCGCUCAGGGUCUUCUGCACAUGGGUAAAGGCACGAUGACGCUCAAUCCCUUCCACACCGAUCGACAAGUGCUGUCUCGAGUCUCGGCAGCCGGUCUGCUCACUGUUCUGGUGUCUCUCAUUGACGCCAAGCAAUUCAUCCUCGCCGAGCACCACUACCUGCUCUACUUCCUCAUUACUGCCAUGUUCCCCCGCUUCCUCAUCACUCUUGACGAAGAUCUGCAACCCCUUAGCGUGAAUGUCCGCGUGGGUCAAGCUGUGGAUGUUGUCGGACAGGCUGGUCGCCCCAAGACCAUCACUGGAUGGCAGACUCAAAGCACACCUGUUCUUCUGUCGUACGGCGAGAGAGCGGAACUGGAGGAUGAGCAGUACAUUCCCCUCAGCAGCACCCUUGAGGGAUUGGUCAUUCUGCGCAAAAAUCCUGACUGGGAAAACCCCGAGUAA